UCCUUUAUAUACCCAACUCUUUCCUCUCGCAACAGUCAAGUUUAACAGAGACAACUCUAACAGUGCUGCUCCAGCUCACCUGCAACGAAUCUCCAUUUUUCAAAAAGGGACAUUCUUCUCGGGGCCAUAGUAAAGAGGAACGACUUGUCAAGAGGGUGCCAAUUAAAAAAAAGCGGACGACCAGCUGCUUGCACAUUGUAAAUCGGAUAUUUUAAUCCAUCACUGUCCUGACAUAAGUGGUUUCUUCGCAAGUGCAUCCGAAAAAUCUCCAGGCUGCUUUUCAAACUCCCUCAAGUUUGAACUUUCCUCCGCGAGAGCGCGCUUGCCAACGACCUGCUAAAGUUUUCUGCGCUGCCGAGCGCACAAUUCAACACAUAAGUGUCACCGAGGUAUAAAAGUGGACACGGAAAAAGCCACCAUGAUGAGCAAUAACUACGGCGAGGACCAGCUGCCUCCACAGUACUACCAGGCCACCGACUUUGGGGAAGAGGAGGACGACGAGAUGCCAGCCACGGAGAAGGACCUGGCCGAGGACGCGCCAUGGAAGAAGAUCCAGCAGAACACCUUCACCAGGUGGUGCAACGAGCACCUCAAGUGCGUCAACAAGACCGUCACCGACCUGCAGAGGGAUUUUACUGACGGGCUGAAGCUGAUUUCGCUGCUGGAAGUUUUGAGCCAGAAGAAAAUGUACAGAAAGCACCACACCAGACCCAACUUCCGUCAGAUGAAACUGGAGAAUGUGUCUGUGGCACUAGAGUUCCUGGACAGGGAGCAUAUUAAACUGGUCUCAAUCGAUAGCAAAGCCAUUGUUGAUGGGAAUCUAAAGCUGAUCCUGGGUCUUAUCUGGACUCUCAUCCUCCACUACUCUAUCUCCAUGCCCAUGUGGGACGACGAGGAUGACGAGGAGACAAAGAAGAUGACCCCCAAACAGCGCCUGUUGGGCUGGAUACAGAACAAGGUGCCCCAGCUGCCCAUCCGCAACUUCAACCGUGACUGGCAGGACGGCAAAGCCCUGGGAGCUCUGGUCGACAACUGUGCGCCUGGUUUGUGUCCUGACUGGGCAGAGUGGGACCCAAACAAGCCUGUGCAGAAUGCCAGAGAAGCCAUGCAACAGGCUGACGACUGGUUGGGUGUGCCUCAGGUUAUUGCCCCUGAGGAGAUCGUGGACCCAGAUGUAGAUGAGCACUCAGUGAUGACCUACCUGUCUCAGUUCCCCAAGGCAAAGCUGAAGCCCGGAGCCCCUCUCAAGCCCAAACAGCUUUUCCCAAACAAGGCCAAAGCCUACGGGCCUGGUAUUGAGCCUCAUGGCAACAAGGUGCUGCAACCAGCUGUGUUCACUGUGGAGACUCUGGAGGCUGGCAGCGGUGAGGUCCUGGUUUAUGUGGAGGAUCCUGAGGGACACAAAGAGGAGGCUAAGGUUAAACCUAACAAGGACAAAAACAGAACCUACACUGUCACCUAUCUCCCUAAAGUCGAGGGCGUUCACAAGGUGAAAGUGCUGUUUGCCGGUCAAGACAUUGACAAAAGCCCCUACACGGUGAAUGUAGCAAAGGAUAUGGGUGACCCCAGCAAAGUCCAUGCCAGAGGACCUGGCCUGGAUGCUACAGGCAAUGUGGCAAACAAACCCACCUACUUUGACAUCUACACAGCUGGUGCUGGUAAUGGCGACGUCAGUGUGGUAAUCGUCGAUCCUCAGGGCAAAAAGGACACAGUGGAGCUCAUCCUGGAGAAUAAGGGAGACAAUGUUUUCCGUUGCACCUAUCGUCCUAUGAUGGAAGGGCCUCACACCAUCCACAUACUGUUUGCAGGCCAGGAGAUCCCCAAGAGCCCGCACACUGUCAACAUCGCAGAGGCUCCACCAGUUGCUCCUCCCAUAGGAGCUCCACUGCAGAUAGUCCCUCAGUCAGUGCGCACCCCUCCUGGAGUGAAGGGUGGGAAGGGGGCUACCCCCCCAAAAGCUGGCCGCCCAACCGUGAACCCAAAUGCCUGCAGAGCUACAGGCAGAGGCCUUCAGCCUAAAGGCGUGAGAGUAAAGGAGGUUGCAGACUUCAAAGUUUUCACCAAGGGAGCUGGCAGUGGAUCGCUGAGCGUCUCAGUCAAAGGACCAACUGGAGCAGAGGAGCAAGUGAAAGUGCGAGAUGCAGGAAACGGUGUGUAUGAAUGUGAAUAUUACCCCCUUAAGCCUGGUAAAUACACAGUCAGCAUCACCUGGGGAGGCCAGCCCAUCCCACGCAGCCCCUUCGAAGUGGAGGUGGGUGAGGAGGCAGGUUUUCAGAAGGUGAGGGCCUGGGGGCCUGGUCUAAAGACUGGCAUGGUGGGAAAAUCUGCUGACUUUGUGGUUGAAGCCAUCGGCACAGAAGUUGGAACUCUGGGCUUCUCCAUCGAAGGCCCAUCGCAAGCUAAAAUUGAGUGUGAUGAUAAGGGUGAUGGCUCCUGUGAUGUGCGCUAUUGGCCCACUGAAGCCGGUGACUAUGCCGUCCAUGUCAUUUGUGAUGACGAGGACAUCAAGGACAGCCCCUUCAUGGCCCACAUCCUCCCUGCAGCCAAUGAUGUCUUCCCUGAGAAGGUGAAAGCAUUUGGUCCAGGCCUGCAGCCAACUGGCGUCGUUGUGAACAAACCGACUGAAUUCACCAUCGACGCCCGCAUGGCUGGGAAGGGUCAACUCAAGAUUUAUGCACAGGACGCUGAAGGCUGCACCAUCAACAUCAAGAUCACUGACAAGGGGGACGGCACGUUUCUCUGUGUGUACACCCCUGUCAAGUCCAUUAAACACACCAUCAUCAUCACAUGGGGGGAUGUCAACGUGCCGAACAGCCCUUUCAGGGUGCUGGUUGGAGAGGGUUGUCAUCCAGACAGAGUUAAGGUCUAUGGGCCUGGAGUGGAGAAGACGGGGCUCAAGGCUAACGAGCCGACAUACUUCACAGUUGACUGCAGUGAAGCCGGUCAAGGGGACAUCAGCAUUGGAAUCAAGUGUGCCCCAGGGGUGGUUGGUCCUGCCGAGGCAGACAUCGACUUUGACAUCAUCAAGAAUGACAAUGACACCUUCACUGUCAAGUACACUCCCCCGGGUGCCGGCCGAUAUACCAUCAUGGUGCUGUUUGCUGACCAGGAAAUUCCCGUCAGUCCAUUCAAAGUCAAAGUGGAUCCUUCCCACGAUGCUGGUAAAGUGAGAGCAGAGGGCCCCGGACUCAACAAGACAGGAGUGGAGGUGGGCACUCCAACCCACUUCACUAUCUACACAAAGGGAGCUGGCAAGGCCAAGCCUGAGGUGCAUUUCACAGCAUCAGGCCCAGGAGAGGCGGUUCGUGACUUUGAGAUCAUCGAUAACCACGAUUACUCCUACACUGUCAAGUACACGGCUCUUCAACAGGGUAACAUGACGAUUUCAGUCACUCAUGGAGGAGAUCCCAUUCCCAAGAGCCCCUUCCACAUCACAGUCGCACCAGCUUUGGAUAUUGGAAAGGUGAAAGUGGAGGGAUUGGAUACCAAAGUGGAGGUUGGAAAGGACCAGGAGUUCACUGUUAACACAAAGGGCGCUGGUGGCCAGGGCAAUGUGGGUGUGAAGAUGACCUCACCCUCUGGGCGACCAAUCCCUUGCAAACUGGAAUCAGACAAAGCCAAAGGCACUCACAGUGUGAAGUAUAUUCCCCCAGAGGAGGGGCAGUACAAGGUUGAUGUCAGCUAUGAUGGCAACCCGGUGAUGGGAAGCCCCUUUGGGGUUGAAGCAGUGAUGCCUGCUGAUCCUUCAAAGGUGCGAGCUUUUGGCCCAGGCCUGAAGGGAGGCAUUGUGGGUAAACCAGCUCCAUUCACUAUUGACACAAAGGGAGCUGGUGCAGGAGGGCUGGGCCUGACUGUGGAGGGUCCCUGCGAGGCGAAGAUUGAGUGUCAGGACAAUGGUGACGGCACAUGCUCAGUGUUCUACCUGCCCACUGAGCAUGGGGAGUACGACAUCAACAUCUUGUUUGCUGAAAAGCACAUCCCCGGCUCUCCCUUCAAAGCUGCAGUGCGCCCAGCCUUGGACCCCAGCAAGGUGACGGCUAGCGGGCCGGGCCUGGAGAAGGCCAAGGCGGGCGAACCAGCAACCUUCACUGUGGACUGCACCCGAGCAGGCGAUGCUGAGCUCACCAUUGAGAUUGUGUCAGAGACUGGGGCCAAGGCUGAAGUUCACAUCCAGAAAACUGCAGAGGGGACCUUCUCUGUUACAUACAUCCCACCCUUCCAUGGUGCACACACCAUCACGAUCAAGUAUGGUGGCCAGAUGAUUCCCCAGUUUCCCAAGGUCCUGCAGGUGGAGCCCUCUGUGGACACCAGCGGGGUGCAUGUGUAUGGGCCUGGAGUGGAGCCCAGAGGGGUCCUCAGAGAGGUGACAACCCACUUCAUUGUUGAUGCUCGCGCCCUCAACAAGGUUGGAGGAAAUCAUGUGAAGGUUCACAUUAUCAGCCCCUCCGGCACCUCUACAGAAACCUACAUCACUGACAAGGGAGAUGGCACCUACAGAGUGGAGUACACAGCAUUCGAGGAUGGAAUGCAUCUGAUUGAGGUGCAGUAUGAUGAAGCGCCAGUGCCCAAGAGUCCCUUCAGAGUGUCUGUGGUGGAGGGAUGUGAUCCAACCCGAGUCCGUGCCUUUGGUCCAGGUCUGGAGGGAGGGAUUACCAACAAGCCCAACUGCUUCACUGUUGAGACCAGGGGUGCUGGUACAGGAGGCCUGGGCCUGACCAUUGAGGGAGCCUCAGAGGCAAAAAUAUCCUGCAAGGACAAUAAAGAUGGCAGCUGCAGUGUGGAGUACAUCCCCUUCACUCCUGGAGACUAUGACGUCAACAUCAACUACGGCGGUCAGCCCAUCCCCGGCAGUCCCUUCCGCGUACCAGUGAAGGACCCUGUGGACCCCAGCAAGGUGAAGUGCUCCGGUCCAGGUCUGGGCAGUGGAGUGAGAGCCCAUGUUCCUCAGACUUUCACAGCAGACUGCACCCAGGCUGGACAGGCCCCUCUGGAUGUCAAACUCUAUGGUCCAACAGGUACUGUGGAGCCGGUUGGUGUGAAGAACAAUGGCGAUGGUACUCACACAGUUCACUACACCCCUGCCCAGGAUGGCCCUUACACUGUAGCUGUUAAAUAUGCAGAGCAGGAAGUCCCACACAGUCCAUUCAAGGUAAUGUCUCAGCCUGGGCAUGACGCCAGCAAGGUACGCGCCAGUGGCCCUGGUCUAGACACAAAAGGUGUGUCUGCAAGCCUGCCAGUUGAGUUCACCAUCGAUGCUCGUGAUGCUGGAGAGGGACUGCUGACUGUGCAGAUUCUGGACCCAGAGGGCAAGCCAAAGAAUGCAACCAUCCAGGACAACAGGGACGGCACCUACACUGUCUCCUAUGUCCCUGACUCUACAGGCCCCUACACCAUCACUAUUAAAUAUGGAGGAGAUGAGAUCCCUUAUUCCCCAUACCGAAUCCAGUCCCUGCCCACAGGGGAUGCCAGCAAAUGUCGCGUCACAGUGUCUAUUGGAGGACAUGGCGUGUCAAGCCUCCAGAAGCUGCAGACCUCAGAGGAUACAGUUAUCACAGUGGAUGCCAAGGCUGCUGGGAAAGGCAAGGUGACCUGCAAGGUGCAGACCCCACAAGGGAUGGAGCUGGACAUGGAUGUGGUGGAAAAUCGUGAUGGGACCUUUGACAUUUACUACACAGCCCCUGAACCUGGGAAAUAUGUUAUUACCAUCCGCUUUGGGGGACAGAACAUCCCUAAGAGCCCCUUCCAUGUGGUGGCCCAAAAUGAGCCAGUUGCUCCUCGUGACACCGUCGAUCCACUCUUCCGUCCCGUUAACUUCCUUGUCCCCUUCACGCCACAGCAAGGAGAAAUCACAGGUGAGGUGCGGAUGCCUUCGGGCAAAACUUCCCGCCCGCAUAUCACUGACAAUAAGGAUGGCACCAUCACAAUCAAGUACCAGCCCACAGAGAGAGGUCUGCAUGAGAUGGACAUCAAAUAUGACGGCAACCACAUUCCAGGAAGCCCUCUGCAGUUCUUUGUGGAUGCUGUGAACAGUGGAGUGGUGACUGCUUAUGGUCCUGGUCUGAGUUACGGCAUGGUCAACAAGGCUGCCACUUUCACUGUGGUCACCAAGAAUGCAGGAGAAGGUGGUCUGUCACUGGCAGUGGAGGGUCCCUCGAAGGCCGAGAUCACCUGUAAGGACAAUAAAGAUGGCACCUGCACCGUGUCCUACUUGCCCACAGCUCCUGGAGACUACAACAUCAUUGUAAAGUUUGACAACAAGCACAUUCCUGGCAGUCCCUUUACUGCUAAGAUCACUGGGGAUGAUGCCAUAACCAGGACAUCACAGCUGAAUGUCGGCACAGCAGCAGACGUGUCCCUAAAGAUCGCAGAGACUGAUCUGAGCUCUCUGACUGCCAGUAUCAGAGCACCAUCAGGCAACGAGGAGCCCUGCCUGCUCAAGAGACUGCCCAACAGACACCUCGGUAUUUCUUUCACCCCUAAGGAGGUUGGCGAGCAUGAAGUGAGUGUAAGGAAGAAUGGCGUGCACGUGGCCAACAGCCCCUUUAAAAUCAUGGUUGGCCAGUCAGAGAUUGGCGAGGCCAGCAGAGUGAAGGCUUACGGUAAAGGCCUGGUGGAGGCACGCACUUUGGAAAUGGCUGAAUUCGUUGUGGAUACAAGGAACGCAGGUUAUGGAGGUCUAGCAUUGUCUAUCGAAGGUCCGAGCAAAGUGGAUAUCAACUGUGAAGAUGUGGAGGAUGGGACGUGCAGAGUCACUUACUGUCCAACAGAACCUGGAAAUUACACCGUUAACAUCAAGUUUGCUGAAAAACACAUCCCAGGAAGUCCUUUCACAGUAAAGGUGACCGGAGAAGGAAGGAUAAAGGAGAGUAUUACUAGAAAGAGACAGGCGUCUUCUAUUGCCUCAGUGGGCAGCACCUGUGGCCUGAACCUCAAGAUCCCAGGAAACUGGUUCCAGAUGGUUUCAGCUCAGGAGAGGCUGACCAGGACAUUCACCCGCAGCAGCCACACCUACACCCGCACUGAGCGCACAGAGAUCAGCAAAACCCGCGGUGGAGAGACCAAGAGGGAGGUUCGAGUGGAGGAGAGCACCCAGAUGGGAGGAGGAGGAAGUCCCUUCAGAGAUGUUUUUGGAGACUUUCUGGGCAGAGAGAGCCUCAGCAGCUUCGCCGGCAUCACUGCCAGACCUGAGGUUGAGAGUGGCUCUCAGGCCAUGACGGCUCAGGUGACCAGCCCCAGUGGGAAAACAGUGGAUGCCGACAUCGUGGAUGGAGGGAGCAGCACAUACAGCGUGCGCUUCAUCCCCCAAGAAAUGGGACCCCACACUGUUAACGUCAAGUACAGUGGCCAACACGUCCCUGGUAGCCCCUUCCAGUUUACUGUGGGGCCCAUGGGUGAGGGAGGGCCACACAAGGUCCGCGCUGGAGGACCCGGCCUGGAGAGAGGAGUGGCUGCAGCACCUUCUGAAUUUAGUAUCUGGACCAGGGAGGCAGGUGCUGGUGGUCUGUCCAUUGCUGUGGAGGGCCCCAGCAAGGCUGAGAUCUCCUUUGAGGACAGAAAAGAUGGUUCCUGCGGCGUCUCCUACAUAGUCAAAGAACCAGGUGACUACGAGGUGUCAAUCAAGUUCAACAACGAGCACAUCCCUGACAGCCCAUUCAUCGUUCCGAUUGCUACACUGUCAGACGAAGCCCGCAGGCUCACUGUCACAAGCCUUCAGGAGAAGGACUUGAAAGUAAACCAAGAGGCAUCCUUCAUGGUGCAGCGCAACGGGGCUCGGGGUGUGGUCGACGCCAAAGUCCACACACCCGCCGGUUCCUCUGAGGAAUGCUAUGUCACUGAGCUUGACAGCGACAAAAGUGCAAUCCGCUUCAUUCCCCGGGAGAACGGAGUGCACGCCAUAGAUGUCAAGUUCAACGGAUGCCACAUUCCUGGAAGCCCCUUUAAUGUGCGAGUGGGAGACCCGGGGCUGGUUGGAGACCCAGGCAUGGUGACUGCACAUGGUGCUGGACUGCAGGGAGGAACCACAGGUUCACCCUCAGAGUUUGUGGUCAACACCUGUAACGCAGGCUCUGCCACUCUAUCGGUCAACAUCGACGGGCCAUCCAAGGUAAAGAUGGACUGCCGGGAGUGUCCUGAAGGCUACAAGAUCACCUACACACCCAUGGCACCGGGCAACUAUCUCAUCACCAUUAAAUACGGAGGGCCGCAGCACAUCGUGGGCAGCCCUUUCAAAGCUAAAAUCACAGGAGCUCGUCUGUCAGGGGGACACAGCCUCCAUGAGACCUCCUCUGUCUUGGUUGAAACAGUCACCAAGACCUCCAAGGUGGGCGGUGCCUACAGCUCCAGCUCCUCCUCUUCCACCACCUCAUCAAAACUGGCAUCAGAUGCCAGCAAGGUGGUUUGUCGUGGAACAGGGCUGUCCAAGGCUGUGGUCGGACAGAAAAACAAUUUUACAGUUGACUGCAGCAAAGCAGGUACCAACAUGCUGAUGGUCGGCGUGCAUGGACCUCAUGCUCCUUGUGAGGAGGUGUAUGUCAAACACAUGGGCAACAAGCUCUAUAACGUCACCUACACCGUCAAGGACAAGGGCAGCUACACCGUCAUUGUCAAAUGGGGCGACGACAACAUCCCCGGGAGCCCUUACAAGGUGGUUGUACCCUAAAAAAAACUGCAUCAUUGCUGAGUCCCUUCCCCUCCACUGACCCAGCACUCCUUCCUCAUCAUGUGCACGCAUCAAUCAAACUCCCUGGUUCUUCUUUUCCGGCGCUGCUCUUCGCUCUUCAACGGAUUACAAUAUACUCAACAUGCACUAAAACCCGCAAGGACAUUUGCUUACAGUUUUAUUGAUGACAGAAUAUCUAUUGUGCCAAAUUUUUUGCAUUAAUUCCAGAAAUUACAUUUACAAAUAUGCAUUCACAUUCAUAGUGAUGCAAAGGCAAACAGUGUGGUUUAUGAGUCUUUGAGUGAUGUUUGGCUCGGUCCAUAAAAUUUCCUCUUUCUGUUCUGUUGUGUUGUAAAGGAAUGGCAUCAUAUUUGAAUGUGCAGAUAUGUUGGAGUAAUCAACAGUAUUACAGUGUGGUGCAAUAUGGUUUUGUAUGGUUUAAGAAAUAAUUACUUUUUUUGUUAUAUUAACCUAUUUUUGGUAAGUCUUUGCAGACCUAAUAAAGAUUUAAUUGCUAACUUUC